UCUACCCAAGAAGAUAAUGAAGAAGAAGCAUGCACGAGGACGUUUUAAAUAGACUCGGGGAGGUUCAGUGACUAUUGCUUCUUCGCAAGUUCAUACAAACACAGUGGACAGGAAGGGGAACACAAACAAAAUGUAUAUUCUUGUAUCCUGAAACAGUUGAUGGACUGGCAUGCUGACUGCAUCGACAUGAAGCCUGUGAUCAAAAAAUCUUUUCCUGGAGAUCCAAGAUCUGAAUCGAAUAAGAAGGGUGUUGAAACUUUGGUGCUGAGCAAAAUGGAGGAAUCAGGUGUGCUCUUUUGCCCACGGCUGAAAUAUAGAGUAAAAUCUAUUCAGGUGCCAGAUGAAAGUCCUUCGGAUAUUAAAACAGAGGCUUCCAUCUCCCAGCCUUCAAACUGCAGUACGAUUAAAAAUUACCACAGUAUUAAAAAAUACAUCUGUAAGCUGUGUGGCAUUGAGUAUCGGCAGAGCAUAAGCCUGGUGCGUCACAUGCGAAUACACACAGGUGAGGCGCCGCACAUCUGUGAACUCUGUGGAAGGGGUUUCCGUCGUAAAGACUGGCUUCAGCUGCACAGCAGCAUCCACACGGGUAACAAACGAAAGCUUGCGAAGAGCUUCAGUUGCCAUGAGUGUGGGAAGAAGUUUACAGGCUCCACCGCGCUCCAGAGCCAUCUGUAUAAACACAGAGGUGAGAGGCCAUUCACCUGCGCGCACUGCGACAAGACCUUCUACAGUCAGACCAAUCUUAAAAGGCAUCAGGUCGAUUCUCAUUCUGACGACAAACCCUUCUGCUGCCCUGUGUGUGGAAGACGAUUCUCACGCCUUUUUACGCUGCAGAAACACAUGCGGACUCACACAGGAGAGAUGCCUUUUUCGUGUCCAGACUGUGGAAAGACUUUCCGUCAUAAAUACUCCAUGGAUAUGCAUUGUAAACGGCACUCAGCUGAAAAGUUGAUGUAAUGCACAUUCAUGCAUGUCACAUGAAUUUCUGAUUUAUUCUGUUUAUUUGUUUUAACCAUGUUCCUUUUAUUGAUGAUUAUUUUCUGAAUCUUAUCAACUGUUUGAUGCCAAUAA